ACGGGUAUAUAACGAUUGAUGUCCUCAGUCCCGUCCUCUCUGUGUAGCGCUGCAGAGUCGAUAUGUCGAAGAUCUCGCUGGUCGCGUGUGUGUUGAUGGCCGUUGGGGCCUUGGGGCAGCUCCCGUCUCCCUGUAUAACACCACCCCAGUUUACGUUCCGGGGGAUGGAGAUCAACCACGUGGAUGACGUGAUUCGCCGCUUCAUCAUCGGCUACGACGCCACCAACAAGAGGAGGGUGAUGUUCGAGGAGGAACGCGAGAUCAUCCCAGGCCGACAAUUGCACGAGUACUUGGUCCUCAACAACGACAAUGUGGCGUACGACUUCAACAUGAAGACCAAGGAGUGUACCAAGUCCGUUCCCGCGACGUGGAGGGACUUUGGAAUCCCCCCUAACGCUACCUUCGAGAACGAGUACUACAUCGGGGGCCCAGGGGAGGAGGUGUACGCCCAGGAAUGGUCCGACAGGAUUCCAUUCAGACAAAGGGAAGCAUGGCUGGGAUCUUUUACACUCAACGGCUGUUACCCCAUUGAUUCUCUCAUCAUCGGGCCGGAGGAGACUCCAAACGACACCGUCACCAUGCGCUUCUACGACAUCGUUGACGGCAUCCCCGAUCCCAACGACUUCAUCCCCCCUCCCGAGUGCCUGCAGGCUAAGUGGGGAGUCUCGACCAUACCCUCAUACUGGUAGAGGGCGCCACUAGACACCGGGAGUUACCUCCCUUAGGUGUAUUGGUUGCCGCCAUUCUCCGUUGUAUUGAGUGUACCAAAUGGUCCUAAGACCGCUCUAUAUUUAGAUGUUAAUUAUACUAAACAUGUUUUCAUAUACAUUUAUUUUGUGUCACAAUUUUUAAAAUCUGAACGAGUGUACUUUGAGUGAAUUAUUUUUGAUGCCAUCACUUACUUAAGUAGUUAUCUCCCUUUAAGUAAUCCAUUUAAUGAUAUUUUCUGUAAAAUGUCCAUAUUUUUACUGAAGCAUCUGUAAUGGCGUUCGUCACAUGAAACAUCUCACGUGUGUCUUUCAGUGCCAACUUUAUCUGUUCGUGAUUUCUAGUCGAACACAUUUACAUACUAGUGUGAUAACUAUUGCAAAACGGUCAUCAAGGGCAAGAACUGUGAUAGUAUUACACCAGCUGCGAUCCAUCCCGAGCAGUUCACACGUUCUCGAACGGUUCACCGCGAGCACUCGAGCAAACACACACACUCACGUUCACGUGACUGUCAUUAUGACUAUCACGUGACUCGACUGGCAGGUACCUGUGCAAUACUCGUAACGUAGGUCAUUGAGUUGACAAGGAUUAUUUGAUUAAUGUUGAUUGUCUUGUUCGUCGAGAUACCUCCUACAGCAAUUAGAUUGAAUUAUUAUAAGUGUAGAACGUAUAUAUUUCAGAUUCAUAUUAUAUUUAGCUAUCACAACCCCCGCUUCAAGUCGCCACCCACUACGGCCAUGUCCCGAGAUCACCUGCAACCGAUCGUGUUUGUCUUUGACUGUUUGUCACCUGUGACAUAUGACAAAACAACUGACGGUUGUUGAUCCCCGCUAAUGUAGCCAGCCUCACGAACUGCAUUUAGUGAAAUCUUUCAGCGAAUGUGCAAUUUAUUGCUAUUGUGACAACAAUGUUCGUUAUUUUUGCUUCUCUCAGAAAUAAAACUAUUUUCAGAAAA